GGGAGGUGUUUCUGCGCGUCUGAACGUGUCGAAACAUCCAACGACCAGUUUUUAUAUGGACGUUUUUUCAGCCGUAGCUCCUCACGUCUUAAGCUAUGUGACCAAUAUGAAUUAUACGGACCGCGGGACUGAGCGCCGACUAAGAGGAGACCCAGACUAGGUGUCGAAAUGUCAAACGAGCGAAACAAAAAGAUCUUACUGGAACUGGUGAAGCUGCCGGAGAACAGCCGCUGCGCGGACUGCGGCGCCCCUGAGCCGGACUGGGCUUCCUACAAGCUCGGUGUGUUUGUAUGCCUGAACUGCUCCGGGAUCCACCGCGGCCUUUCCAGUCGGGUAAAAUCCAUCCGGCUAGACUUUUGGGAGGAUGAACUAGUUGAGUUCAUGAAAUCAACCGGGAAUGUGAAUGCCCGAGCUGUGUAUGAGAAAGCCGUUCCACCGUACUACUACCGACCCCAGGAAAAUGACUGCAGCGUGCUGAGGGAACAGUGGAUUCGAGCUAAAUAUCAGAGGAAGGAAUUCACAGGAGAAACCAAGUAUCCACCUCUGGCAUAUACAACAGGUUUCCAUGAAGGAAUUCUGUGGAAGAAAGGGAAAGAGAACAUGCAUUUUCUGAAGAGGAAGUUCGUGCUGUCAGAGAGGGAAUUUACCCUGACCUACUACAACAAGGAAGAUGAGUCCAAAGGCCCUAAAGCUGUAAUCCCCAUCAAGGACCUGAAUGCCACUUUUCAGCCACAGAAGAUUGGUCAUCCUCAUGGGCUGCAGAUAACAUACCAGGAUGAAGAUAAAACCAGGAACAUUUAUGUGUAUCACGAGAGCUCUGAGGAAAUAGUAGUCUGGUACAACGCCAUUCGGGCAGCUCGCUAUGCAUACCUGAAGACUGCAUACCCAACUGGAAGCGAUGAAGAGCUGGUUCCAAAGAUAAUGAGAAAUUAUCUAAAAGAGGGAUACAUGGAAAAGACGGGGCCAAUGCUGAAGGAGUCUUUCAAAAAGCGCUGGUUUAUUUUGGACUCUCAAAACAGAAAGCUGCUCUACUUCAAAGACCAACUGGAUGCAGAGGAGUUGGGGGGAAUUUUCAUCGGCACAGAGAACAACGGCUACUCUGUGAAGGAGUGCGUCCCGAAGCACACACGGGGCAACAAGUGGACAUGCGGCGUCACGGUGGAGACGCCUGAACGCCAGUUUGUGUUCAUGUGCGAGCAGGAGAGGGAACAGAAACAGUGGCUGAACGCCCUGAGAAAGGUGUUAUCCAGACCCAUGUCACCACAAGAUUAUACUGCUGAAGCCCAUAUAAGGUAUAAGAGAUGAACCGUGAAGAAUUGCAGCAGCAGGGAUGAGAAGACUGCAUCGGUGACCUAAAGGGCGGAACUUUUGUCGCCGCAAUGAAUCAGACAUGACUCUGAAUAAUAACUUCCUGUUAUUAGCUAAUUUUGCCACCAUGCUCAGACAGUCCUUGGUUUAAAGACAGCCACAUCAGGAUCAUCUGAUAUUGUGUUGUUAUUUUAGCACAGUUGCUCCAUAUUCCCAUGCAAAUCAGAUUUUUUACAAUUUCUUAUUGUCUGAAUAAGAAUUCUAAAAAUCUUGUUUUUUUAUAAGAUUAAAAUAAAUGUAAUGAAUGAAAAGACUUAUUGAUAAUCAUGCUUUGAAAAAUAAAUGACUUUUUUUUCUAAA